AUGGCGGAUCCUUCAAUGAGAUUCUCCAUGCAAAACAAACUCGACCCAGACACGAUGGAGGCCUACGUCCACAACCAGAGACAUGCCCUCGAUUAUCUUGUUGCCAAGGGUCACAUCACCAUCAACAAAACCUCCGUCAUCCGUCUCAACGAGCAUGGCCUCUUGUGCGCUGAUGGAGAUGAAAUCGUGCCAGAGGAGACUCUCCGCAAGGAGCCACGCCUGUUUCAAGCUGGUGCUGAUGCUGGUGCUCAGCAAGCUAUCCACUCGUCUCUAUUGGAUAGCCUCUUUCAUGUUGCGCCAUUGGAGAGUAUGGAUCCAGCAACAAGCUAUUCCACGGUCAUCUCCAUCCUGGACAGCCUACCGAAGGCGACUCACAUUGCUUGGAAAGCCUUACGGACCGAAUUGAGAGCUACUCAUGCGCAUAAGAGAUCAAAGUCGGCUCUACGCGAGGCCGUUGAGGAGGCUUGCGAGGAAGACGACUCUGACUGGAAGGCGUUUGAAUUCUUCACGAGAGCCUGCGAAGACGGACCGAAGUUCAUCAAUAUUCAGCAAACCAUGAAAACUUUGUACAGACUCGUUGGCGUCCAAGUCAGAUACUACCACGAUCUGAAGCACGCCCAUCCGUAUGGCAGGGCCGAGCUUCACGAUGCUGAAACAGCCGACGCGAUAUUUCUAGUGUUGGGCAUCCUCCAGUACAUCCAAAGUUACAGCCCCGAGGAGUCGGGUCGCAUUUAUCUCAUGCUGCGAACAAAGUGUCGGCAUCUGGAGAGCCUCCUUCUCAAGACCAGGGUGACUCAUCAGUUUCGUCGGUUCAUGGAGCUUCAUAUCGACCAGACUGACGGAAAUGACGUCAAAGAGGAAAGUGACGAGGAGGUUCAAGAGAAAUUACAGCCAAAGAAGAGACGGCGUUGUGUGAAUGUCUAA